AUGCCCGGCUCCUACCAGUGUUAUUGUAAGCCAGGAUACACGGGAAUAAGCUGCGAGCAGGAUAUCGAUGAAUGCUUGUCUCUUCCUUGCAAGAACGGCGGCACGUGCCAAAACUUGGAGAACAAUUAUGAAUGUACCUGCGUUGAGGGUUUCGAGGGCAAGGAUUGUUCAAUAAACAUCAACGAGUGUGCGGCCAACCCCUGCGCCGCCGGCUCCACCUGCAUCGACGGCGUGGCCAGCUACCGCUGUAUCUGUCAGGAGGGACUCACCGGGCCGCACUGCGAGACGAACAUCGACGACUGUGAGUCUCAGCCCUGCUCGCACGGCGGUCAGUGUAUAGACGGUCUGAACGGGUACACGUGCGAGUGCGCCGGCACGGGGUACGCGGGAGAUGACUGCGAGCUCAACAUCGACGAGUGCGCCUCCCUGCCGUGCCGCAACGGAGGAACCUGCCUCGACGACGUCAACGACUACCACUGUGUGUGCCACCCGGGCUUCACCGACAAGAACUGCUCCACGGACCUGGACGAGUGCGAGAGCUCCCCCUGCCUGCACGGCGGAGUGUGUCUGCAGCGCUCCAACGUGUCCUUGUACCGCGCGCCGGAUGCCCCGCCCGUGCGCGUGGGGCCGCAGCCGCACAUGGUGCUGCCCGACGUGUUCUACCGGCCCUUCGCCCCCGAGACGGCCGGCGGGUACGAGUGUGUGUGCGUGGCGGGGACCUCAGGCGCGCGCUGCGAGCACAACGUGGACGAGUGCGCCUCCUCGCCCUGUCGCAACGGGAAGUGCGUCGACGCCGUGGGCGGGUACGCGUGCCACUGCGCGCCCGGGUACGAGGGCGAGCACUGCGAGCUGGAAAUAGACGAGUGCGCUCGGUACGCCCCCUGCGAGCACGGCCGCUGUCACGACCGACCCGCUUCCUACUACUGCUCGUGCGAGGCGGGCUGGGGCGGCCGGAACUGCUCCGUGGUGCUGACGGGCUGCCGCGGCGCGCCCUGCCGCAACAACGGCACCUGUCUGCCCUGGCUGGUGCGCGAGGACGAGCACCGCUUCAACUGCUCAUGCGCGCCGGGCUACUACGGACCCGCUUGCGAGAAGAUCACUACGAUGUCUCUGGAAAAAUUCAGUUACGCGGAAGUGAACACGUCGCGGGAGGAGGGCUACGACAUAUCGUUCCGGUUCAAGACCACGCUGGGCAGCGGCCUGCUCGCCAUGGGCCGCGGACUCACCUUCUUCUUCCUCGAGCUGUCGGACGGGAGACUCAACCUGCAGUCGAGCCUGUUGAACAAGUGGGAGGGGGUGUUCAUAGGGUCUAAUCUGAACGACAGUAAUUGGCAGAAGGUGUUCGUGACCGUGAACACGUCGCACCUGGUGCUGGCCGCCAACGAGGAGCAGACCAUCUACCCCAUCAACCAGAACGAGGCGACCAACGCCUCCUGGACGUCGUUCCCGUCCACUCGCCUGGGCACGGCGGGCUCGUCAUACGUGACCCUCCGCCACGGUCCCGCCAGACACUCCAGGAACUUCUUCGUCGGCUGCUUUCAGGACGUCGUCGUCAACGGACAAUGGGUCCUCCCCGAAGAGUCCAACUCAGGUUCAGGCGAGCCCCGCACGGAGCCCCCGGCCGAGGAGGAGGCGGCAGGCGGCGGGGCGCGCGCCGUGCUCCGUGGGGUGCUGGCCUCCUGCCCGCGCACCCCUCAGUGCGCGCCCAACCCGUGUCGCUCGGGCGGGGUGUGUGAGGACCGCUGGACCGCCUUCCGCUGCACCUGUCCUCGCCCGCACCUCGGCGACACGUGCCAGUACAACUACACGGCGGCCACGUUCGGCCAGGAGCUGGCGCGGCCCCGCUCGGUGGUGAGCGUGGCGGUGCGCGAGGCGGCGCGGCGGGCCGUGCACGCGGCGCUGGACAUCUCCAUGUUCAUCCGCACCCGCAAGUCCACGGGCCAGAUCUUCUACCUGGGCUCGGCGCCGCGCUACGGCCAGCCCGACGACACGCUGGUGGCCGCGUCGCUGAAGGGCGGCGAGCUGCUGGUGCACCUGCGCUUCAACCAGACGCCCGAGGACUACACGGUGGGCGGCACGCGCCUCGACAACGGCCACCUGCACCUCAUCCAGGUGGUGCGGAACUCCACGCUGGUGCAGGUCAAGCUCAACGGCACCGAGUACUUCAGGAAGUCCAUCUCCGCCGCCAAGCAGCUGGACGCGCAGGUGCUGUACCUGGGCGGCCCCCCUCCCCCGCCGCAGCCCCCGCCGGCCGCGGAUGGCAGCUCCCCGCCCCCUCCGCCGCUGACCGAGGAGCCCAGCGACGACGACUACUUCAAGGGAGUGAUCCAGGACGUGCAGGUGUCCAACGGCGUCAACGUGACCGUCGUGGAGUUCUUCCCGCUGCAGGGAGCGCGCGUGCCGCCGCCCUUCGGAGACGUGACGCUAGACCCGCUGGGCGUGCUGCCGGGGGAGGUGUCGGACGACGCGUGCGCCUCGCGGCCCUGCCUGCACGACGCCGAGUGCCGCACCACCUGGAACGACUACGCCUGCACCUGCCCCUCCGGAUACAAGGGCAAGCAGUGCGCCGAGGUGGAGUUCUGUCAGCUGCAGGGCUGCCCGCUCAACUCGCACUGCCGCAACCUGGACCGCGGCUACGAGUGCGUGUCCAACGCCACCUUCGACGGCGUCGACACCGUGCUCAGCUACCGGCUGCGGGAGCCGGGCGGCGCGCACGCGCUGGACCCGCCCGCGCCGCCCGCCUCGCUCACCCUCACCUACCGCAGCAAGGCUGGCGGCACGCUGUUCCGCGCCGAGAGCGAGGACGCCGGGGACGCCGUGUUCAGCGUCGGCCUCUACAACGGCCAGGUGGGCGUGCAGUGGCGGCUGGGCGGGCUGCCGGCGCAGCGCCGCAUGCGGCUCAGGCGGCCCGGCCUGGCCUGGGUCACGCUGCGCCUCACGUUGGCUGACGGGAGGAUCAACGGGUCGUUCGUGGAGGCGGACGGGCGCGAGGAGCUGGGCCUGUCGGACGACAUCGACGUGGCGGCCUGGCAGAGGCUCGUCACCACCGGCCUCAUCACGCUGGGCGGCGUACGGCCCGGACCACCACCCCCCACCACCACCACCACCACCACCCUACCGACCAUUGAGAACUCGACGGACCCGAAUGUUAUGGAGUACUCGGAGGACGACCUCAUAGAUGACAACUUAGCCGGAGAAUAUUUUAAAGGCUGCCUGGGCGCGGUCCACGUGGGCGGGCUGCUGCUGCCCUUCUUCACGGAGGAGCAGCUGUUCGUGGGGUCGGCCGCGACGCUGCUGGCCGCCCAGCCUCACUACGCGCUGCUCGGGGGCGCGCCCUGGGGAGCCGCCGAGGGCGCGGGCUGCGUGCUAUGUGUGGAGGCGCAGUGUCAGCGGGGCGCGCACUGCCAGGACGUGCGGAACUCGUACGCCUGCGCCUGCCCGCCGGGGUACGCUGGCGAUUACUGCGAGCGAGACAUCGACGAGUGUCAACACAAUGACUGUCGGAACGGAGCCACCUGCCAGGACGACGUGGCCAAGUACAUCUGCAUCUGUCCCCCCGGAUACGACGGAGAACUGUGUGAGAACGACAUCGACGAGUGCGCGUCCGGUCCGUGCGGACACGGCGCCACGUGUGUGGACGAGCCGGGCGGCUUCCGCUGCGAGUGUGCGGCCGAGUGGCGCGGGGCCCGCUGCGACACGCCCGCCGCCACCACCUGCCGCCACGCGCCCUGCGCCAACGACGCGCUGUGUCACGACACGCCCGACCCGGUGACCGGUAACAACUACACGUGUUCGUGCGGCGCGGAAUACGCGGGCGUCCACUGCGAGCUGGUGUUCUGCGAGGUGACGCCCUGCGUGCACGGAGCGUGCGCGGCGGAGGCCCGGCCCCCGGUCUGCUCGUGCGGGGCGGGCUGGGGCGGGCGGCUGUGUGACGAGGAGCGGGACGAGUGCGCGGACGCGGCCUGUCUGCACGGGGCGCGCUGUGUGCCCACCAGGCCGCCCACCUGCGACUGUCCCCCAGAGUGGCGCGGGGCUCGCUGUGAGCUGGACGUGGACGAGUGCAGCGAGCGACCCGUCAGCUGCGGCCCCGGACUGUGCCGGAACCUGCCCGGGACAUACACAUGCGAGUGUCCGGAGGGCUUCUGUGGCGACGGGUGCGUGCUGCCCGACCCGUGUGUACGGCGGGAGGGCGAGGGGGAAGGGCGCGCCGGGCCCUGUCUGCACGGGGGCCGGUGCGAGCAGCGCUGCGGCUCGGAGGUGGACUACGUGUGUGAGUGUGUGGACGGCUGGGGCGGCAAGAACUGCUCCCGGCUGGUGGAGGCCAGCGAGGCCACCGGCGGGCUGUCCCGGGCCGCGCGCUGGGCGCUGGGGGCGGGCGGCGCGCUGCUGGCGCUGCUUCUGGCGGCCGGCGCGCUGGCGGCGCUCGCGGCACAGGCGCGGCGGAAGAGAGCCACCAGGGGGACCUACUCGCCCUCGGGACAGGAGUACUGCAACCCGCGAGCGGAGAUGAUCACACACGCGCUCAAGCCGCCGCCCGAGGAGAGACUCAUAUAG